GAUGUGUGUGAUGUGAAAAAGAUCAUAUCUUCAGCAACAACCUAUGAGGCAGGACUGAUUCUAAAGGAUUUUUGAAAUGAUUUGAUUGAAACUAAAACUUGGAAUGUUGCUUGUUUCCCCCUAUCUUGCUGGAUUGGCUGAGCAGCCUGGAAAAUGGUAAAUGAUCAUUUGGAUCAAUUACAGGCUUUUAGCUGUGUUGUCUGUCAUAAUUCAUGAUUCUGGUCUGGGAAAAAGACGAACAGCCUACGUGCCAAAAAAGGGGCAGAGUUUGAUGGAGUUGGGUGUACUUUUAUAUGCCAUUUUCCUCCACACCUAGAGGCAAGCACUUUUGCAGACGUUCUGCAGAGGGGGAAUCAUGUUUGACUGUAUGGAUGUUCUAGCAGUGAGCCCUGGUCAAAUUCUGGAUUUCUACACUGCAAGUCCGUCUUCUUGCAUGCUCCAGGAGAAGGCUCUGAAAGCAUGCUUCAGUGGAUUGGCACAAACAGACUGGCAACACCGGCACAGUGCUCAAUCCAUCGAAACUCAGAGCACCAGUUCUGAAGAACUUGUCCCAAGCCCACCUUCCCCACUUCCUCCCCCUCGUGUUUACAAGCCCUGUUUUGUCUGUCAGGACAAGUCAUCUGGAUAUCAUUAUGGCGUCAGUGCCUGUGAGGGAUGUAAGGGUUUUUUCCGCAGAAGUAUUCAGAAGAACAUGGUUUACACGUGUCACAGAGAUAAAAACUGCGUUAUUAAUAAAGUCACUAGAAAUCGCUGCCAGUACUGCAGACUACAGAAGUGCUUUGAAGUGGGAAUGUCCAAAGAAUCUGUCAGAAAUGACAGGAACAAAAAGAAGAAAGAGCCUUCAAAGCAAGAGUUUACUGAAAACUAUGAAAUGACAGCAGAGUUGGAUGAUCUCACUGAGAAAAUUCGAAAAGCUCACCAGGAAACCUUCCCCUCUCUCUGCCAGCUGGGGAAAUACACUACGAACUCUAGUGCAGACCAUCGGGUUCGACUGGACCUUGGGCUUUGGGACAAAUUCAGUGAACUUGCUACAAAGUGCAUUAUUAAAAUAGUGGAAUUUGCAAAACGAUUGCCUGGCUUUACAAGUUUGACCAUUGCAGACCAGAUCACCCUGCUUAAAGCAGCCUGCCUGGACAUCUUGAUCCUUAGAAUUUGCACAAGAUACACACCAGAGCAAGACACUAUGACAUUUUCAGAUGGCCUUACCCUAAACCGAACUCAGAUGCACAAUGCUGGAUUUGGUCCGCUAACUGACCUUGUGUUCACAUUUGCCAACCAACUCCUGCCUUUGGAAAUGGAUGACACAGAAACAGGCCUACUUAGUGCCAUCUGCUUAAUUUGUGGAGACCGCCAGGACCUUGAAGAACCAGCAAAAGUGGAUAAGCUACAGGAGCCAUUGCUGGAAGCACUGAAAAUUUAUAUCAGAAAGAGACGACCCAACAAGCCUCACAUGUUUCCAAAGAUCUUAAUGAAAAUCACAGAUCUUCGCAGUAUCAGUGCAAAAGGUGCAGAACGUGUCAUUACACUGAAAAUGGAAAUCCCUGGAUCAAUGCCACCUCUUAUUCAGGAAAUGUUGGAGAACUCUGAGGGACAUGAACCACUGACACCAAGCUCCAGUGGAAAUACAGCAGAGCACAGUCCUAGCAUCUCACCCAGCUCAGUGGAUAAUAGCAGCGUCAGUCAAUCUCCACUUUUGCAAUAAGACAUUUUACAGCUACUUUAGACAUUCCUAAUACCUUAUGUACAGGGAUGAAAAAAGCAAGAAAAACAUUUUUACUGCUGCUUAGUUUCUGGACUUAAUAUAUAUAUAUAUUAUAUUAAAACUCAAAAAGGACCAAGACGUUUUCAUAUGUAUCAGUAUAUUACUCCUUGCUGUUUAAAACUAGAAAAUGUUUGAAACUCUAAAUCAGCCAUUUCAAUCAGCAACAAGAAACUAGUUAAGCUUCUAUUUUCUCUUCUGAACAACCAAGACUGCAUGGUGACAAGACCAAUCUCAAACGUUAAAUUCUGGUUACAUUUCUGAUGACUUUGUACAUACAAAUGUAUGGCUCUACUUUCUAUACUGGAUGUUUGGUGCUUUCCUUUUUUGUCUUGCAUAUCUAAAAGGAUCAGGACAUCAAGUUUAUAAAAAAUGGAGUACUUGUACAUGUCCAGCUAAGAACAUUUAAAAAGACAUUCUGAUUUAGUUAGUGUGAAAAUGUGUCAUUGCUCUUUUUGAUGCCCUCAGUUUGCAUCUCUUAUUCCAUCUCCUUCCCCAUAAAAGUAUUCAAAAAAUCUGCACUAGCAGAAGGGACUUCUGUAUCAGUGUAACUACCAGCUCAGUUAUUCAGAUGUCAUUUGUUCUACUGUUAAUGUCACUUUAAAUUUUAAAAAGUGGUUUAUUACUUAGCUGAUGACAUAUCUACACAUUUUUUAAAAACCUACAUUUUUUUCAGUGAUAGCCUCCAAGGCAGAAACACUUUUCAGUGUUACCAUGUUUUUGUUUACUUGUUCACAAGCCAUUAGGGAAACUUCAUGGGAUAACCAACAGGCUUAUUCACUACUUUUGAACUGGUGAGUCUAGUUUAUUUCCUUAAGAAACUGGGGCCAGGAGUUGGGCUUUCCCAACACACCUGAUGCCAGCGGGCUACCACUAGGACUUCCAAAAUACAUGGGGGAGAGAAUCUGACUUCUUGACCUUGUUAAAUCACCAUGAAUCAGAGUGAAAACAGUGGUAGAAUGGUUAACUGAUUAAAAAAGUGUCAGUUUCUUAGGUUUCAUUUAAAGCACUAGUGGAUUUUUUUUAUAUAUAUAUUCUAGCAAGUCUGUGAUGUACUUUCACUGGCUCUGUUUGUACAUUGAGAUUGUUUAACAAUGCUUUCUAUGUUCAUAUACUGUUUA